CGGGCCGGGGGCGGGUCCACGCGGCGCCCCCCCACCCGCGGGCUGGGCUGGACCCCGGGCGGGCUCCGCGGUCGGCUCCGCGCCACUUCCCACGGCGCCGCCCGGCCCCAGGGGUUCGCCUUCCGGGGCCCGGAGGGGUCCCCGCCGCAGCCCCGCGCAGCCAUGAAGGUGAAGAUCAAGUGCUGGAACGGCGUGGCCACUUGGCUCUGGGUGGCCAACGACGAGAACUGCGGCAUCUGCCGGAUGGCCUUCAACGGCUGCUGCCCCGACUGUAAAGUGCCGGGCGACGACUGCCCGCUGGUGUGGGGCCAGUGCUCACACUGCUUCCACAUGCACUGCAUCCUCAAGUGGCUCAACGCUCAGCAGGUGCAGCAGCACUGCCCCAUGUGCCGCCAGGAAUGGAAGUUCAAGGAGUGAGUGCAGCCCCCGGCCCGCCUGCCCCGCGAUGGAACCUGAGACGCUCCCCAGGGCGAGAUAUGAUGGCCACGGUUUCCACUGGGGCCAGUCCCCUGGGGCUGUGACAGGGUUGAAAUGAGGACUGGAGCUGCGUUUGUUUUUUUC